AGCAUGGGCCCAUGUUCAGUUUAUUGCGAUGUUGUGCCUCACACCUGCCAAAAUCCUACAUGAUCAUUGAUCUGCAAAUUCGUUCUUACCGUUGGAAUCUUCUCAUUCAGCUGGUCAUCCCUCGUCAAUCGGCUGCUGCUGUUGCUCUAGUAAGAUGAAGGACAAUGCAGACCGGUCAUGUUAUACUCCACUCCGUCGUCCCAUGGUUGUCGAUAUCUGUCUGCGCCGCGCGAUUUUGACAGAUCGUAUUCUGUUCAUCUGUUCUUCGGCGUUACACAUGAGCCUUGGGGAUGCUUGGAACGCGUCUGCCGGUCGUUCCAUGCGCGCUGACGCUGUCUCAUUGGCUUCAUCAUGAAAACGUCAUUGAACGUCAACCGGAUGAACGCGGGCCUCGGAGAGGCGUCGACGCGGAGCCGUCAGCACAGGAAUUCUCUUCCAUGCGAGUGUUCAUCCUUCAAUACUUGUGUGUCAAGCCACACCAAGUCUCGUGUUGCAUUUAACCAAGGUUUGGAUGAUGCCGUCUUCGGCAUUGUCCGCGCCUCUUCAUUAUCGAUAUUAAAUGCCUCCAGCGGGGACUGUGGGCAAAGGAAAGGUGGGCGUCACUCGAUUAAGAGCGCCGAGCCGUUUCUUUGAAUGAAACAAAACAGGGUCGAUCUCCGAGAGUCGGCCGCCCCUCUCGCUUAGCAGUUCAUCCUGACGCAGGCGACGAUUGUGUGUACGCGCUUACAAGUACAGGGCUGGAACGCUUCGUCAGUCAGGUCCUGCGUUCUGCCUCGACGUGGCAGAUUCGAGCAACAGUCCCCGCGCCACCUCAGACGGUGGCACAAAGAAGAUCUGGGGUGGCCAGUGUUCCUUUGAAGCAUGAAACGGGCCGCAUGCAACGUCCACCGACACUUACAUAGUUCCGUGCCACGCGAGAGACUUGCCGCAGCUGUCGGAACCAAUAUAAUAAACAUCGACAACAGUAUCGGGCCCUUUCAUUCUCACGGAGACCCCAAACAGAAGAUUCAAUACUUUACUUAUCCAGAAUCAAGACACAAUUAAUUAUACCGUUCCACAUUGGGUAUCGCCACUGAAGAGAUCAGAAAUCCAUGCACUCCUUCAAAGCCUUCGUCAGCCUCCAAGCAGCCCAAACGGCGAUCAGUGUCGUCAUAUCCAGGCUGUGCGAGAACAUGAUCAGCCCGGCGCCCGUCUAAGCGCCAGACUUUGUCAAUGUCAGGAUUCUGAUCUGUUUGUGUGGUACAAGGAAUGUUGAGAACAGAAUGGGAAGGAUGUUCUACAGAACACGUCUGGUGGUUCCACACCUUCGAAAAUAACUUGGGAGCACUACGAGGCUUCGCAAGGGAACCCCCACGAGGGUUCGUGCCCGAGCGACUGGGCCACGUUCAUUGCGCUUGCUCGGCCUGUAGAACGCGUUUCUUCCGGGCAUGUGAUACUGCACGUUGUUCUCAGAUCCUGAGGAAUGGAGGACAGGUCGACAGCAAGCCAACAGUGGGCGUUCCGCAUUCGAAUUCUGAUAUGUUUUCCAACAGAUUGUUGGGAAUCCUCUUGAAUUCAAUCGAAUUUAGUUCAUUCACUAUAGAUUAGGUGAAGAGUUUUAACCUCAGCGUGGUAAGGGAAAAGAAGGAAGGAGACAAUAGUGAGCUAUGGAGGAAUAAGGAAAGAGUCAGUUGGUCCCCUCUCCAAGAACAGCGGACGCUUUUCAUUUCAGAGAAACGAAUACACGCUCGCCGGGGCCAACACCGAGGCAAAAAAACUCUUCACACAAUACCCACCUUCAACUAAGGUAUCCCUGAGCACGGUAGUUUGGCAGAGGCAUUCGGAAUGCUGCAUAAAAGCAUUUAUCCCUGGCGACGGUGUGUUCCCGAGUUUUCGUCAUGAACGCUGACGAAGGCAUAGAGGCUGGAGCGAGGUGAGAGAAACGCGCCGAAAGAUUCCACGGGAGUUCCGAAGAAAUAUUGAUCAGCUUUGAUCAGCUUCGUAAGAGCAAGCCGAAGGUCAAGUCCUAAUGGAGAUAGACGCGAUCGUGAAGUGUUGUGACGCUGUCACCAUGAACCAAAUUUCAAGUUGUUUCCGAUAGGAUAUUUUCCAUUUUAUGCGAACGGAACGACGGUCUUUACGGCACCAGGCCUAUUUGACUACUCUCUCUCUCCGCUUCAGCGCGUCGCCUUCGUUGUCGUAUGCUGCUUGGGUCUCCGCUCUAUCCCUUCUCCUAUCAUGUCUGGCACGCCCUCCCCUGCUCGACUUCACACCAAAUCCUCCGACAUCUCAGAGUUCUUCCGUGUAGGAGGGCACAGUUCUAGACCUCGCGCCGGCGACGCCCCCAAAUCUGGCCCCUCGUCCACUGCAUCCUCGUCUCCAGCGUACCUCUCAGAACCCGAAUCGUCCUCCAGCCCGCGGCGCCGGAGUAUGAUACCUUUCCUUGGCCGGCAGAGGAAAAAGUCGGCGCACGCCGACAUUGCCAAUGUUGCUGCUGUUGCUGCCGCUGCUCAUGUCAAUCGACAAUCGGAGGGAGAACCGCGAUACAGUAAUGUGUCCAAGGCUUCGAGGAGGACAUUGCCUUUACCAGAGGUGCCUCUGCUGCUUCAUCGUCAUGAGACACCUGAGCGAUCUUCCGUUGCCUCGAGCUCAUCUCCACCAUCCCUUGGUUCUAAAAUUGCCGCUCAUUUCGUUCCUUCACGACAACGCCUCAUCAGUCUUUCCCCACGCAAACCAUCACCUUAUAACGAAACUCCUCCCUCCUCCGGAGGCCUUGCACCGCCGGCCAGUUCCUCCCGUGGAACCUCCAUGGAUUCCACCUCAUCUGACAAUCGAUCCAGCACUCCUCGUCCGACCAUCACUGUCUCCCUCUCGCCCGAUAAUCUCGAUGGCUACGAGGGACUCUUCACUCUGCCGACAUCCGAAACGUCGAAAUCGCCGUCCCCAAAUGCGGAGCUGAGACUUCGGUCGGAUGAUCGGAUAUACACUGGAUCGCCUGUCAGUGACCGAUCACCUAGUCGAUCGCGAAUUUCUCGUGUGGCGCGCAAAUACGUCGGUUCAGCGAUGAAACAGUCUGACGUGGACUCGACAGAUGCAGAGGACUCAGAGGCUGUCAUGUCAGACACACCGAAAUCGUCACCGCCAAUGCAUACGCCAAUAGUGGAAAAGCGACGGACGCUGGCGACGACUAUGCCGUAUACGUUUGCAGAGAAAGCACCGAGGUCGAUCAUGAAGUCGUCUGUGAUUGCGCUUCCUCCCGCGUUACCGCUGCCCCCACCGCCUCCCAGUGAUCCGCCCUCGCCAACUCUGCUUGGCACACCUCCGUCGUCGUCCGAAGCCAGGUCGCUAAGGCGCCCUCGCGCUCACACGCUGUCCUCGACACCGAUCCCGUUACCAUUCAAGCCCCCAACAUCUCCGAUCGCGACGGUUCCCUCUCGUCGGCUGAGCAAAUCUGAGAAGAUCCCUAUACCACUCAACGGGCCUGCGCCUGCUGCUGGGAAAGACGCCUUUGACAUGGCGACCGCCUCCGCAGAAGAAUUACGGCAGGCGCUCGUCCGCAGAAAUCAGCAGUUCGACGAACUUGCCAGCUAUCUUUUGAAGAUCACGGAAGCACAUGUUGCCGAGAAACAUGCUCUGUUGAAGAAAAUUGGUGCUCUCGAGCAAGAUGCCACGCGGAAGGACAACGAGAUCAAGGGCUUGACGUGGCUUGUGACGAAUAACCGCCCGGGCAGUUCUGAUACUAUCAAGUCCACGGCGUCAACGAUCAAACCGACCCGUUCCAGCAGCGCUGAUGAUUUCGGCGCGCAGUCUCACCAGGCAUCGGGUGCCGAGGAUUCUCACUCGGGCUCCGAAUCUCUUCAAGGCUCGAGCACGGCUGAUUCCUCGUCGGAGCGACGCAGCAGCAAAAGCAAGAGACACCCGAACCCGAACAACAGUUUCUACCGUAUGUCCGCAACUGAAACAGCAUCCUCCUCUUCAUCCACUACAUCCCUGCUGACAUCUGUCACAACGACGCCCUCGACCCCUGCCACGACUGUCAGCUCCCUGAGCUCCAUCCCGGAAUCGCGCGAUCCCAUUGUUGCGGCUGCUAUCCUGGCCUCGGAGAAACAGCGAGCAAAGCAAGAACGCAGAGCGAGCAAGACCGUCGACCGGCACGCCUCGGCUUCCGCCACCAGUGGGGUGUCGGCCUCCGCAGCUUAUGCUGCAAACCUGAAGCGCGGUAGGCCCCCAUCGAUAGCUCAAGUGCUCGCCUCCUCCCCAAAGAUGGACCACGUUCGGGAUAGACCCCGUCUCUACACCAGUGGCUCGGCAUCAAGCUAAGGUCCGCUAUUAUCUGUGAAGCCGUUUUCGGUCUAGUCUCACAUCCUGGUCAGCACCCUGGUAACCCAAUUCGUACCCCACGUUACUACCCCCACGCUCCUUCAAAUUUUCGCCGCCGCGCUCCUUACCCUACAUUCGACCCAGGAAGUAAGAUAUUUUCUUUGCAACAUGUAAUACACUGGCGAACAAUGUGUAUCCUUCCGCAUUUAUGUAUUCUUUAGCACAUAUUAUUAUUAUAAUGCAUACAAUUUUCCUAUGAGGUAUUUUAAGCCGGUAGUAGGAGACUCUCGAUGUUGGCAUGGAGAGCCCGAGCGUCUCGGAUUUGACUAUCAUAUGGUGCUGCUGAUGGAUCGUCUACAAACAGAGAGGUCCGGUACUGCGUGUGAUUCUCAAGGUUUCUUUAUGCUCGUAAGGAAUCCCAUAUGGAGGCAAAAGUGAUGCAGGUGGGUGCGCCGCUGCAGAAAAUGACAAUCCCGACACAAAUAUUAGUAUAGCCACCCACCGCUUGCUGUGGACCGAUGUCACUAUCCCGUAUCGCUCUACUACCGCUUUCAACUCCUCAGGCGAGUGCUAUCCAUUCACCGACAGACACCGCGUCACUCCCCCUUUGAUGCGUUCUUGAAGAAAAAGAGGCAUGGGCUUGGUGUGGGAGACGAAUGUUGGUUGCAGGCGGCGACCGUGUAGAUACAAUCCGUGGAAUAUAGCGUACCGGAAGAGCGCAGCGGCGUCAGAGUGCCGGACGAAGUCGAUGUACGGGUGACAUGUGGGUUGGGAAUGGGUUCGAUAGAUUGGAUGCACACACGGCAGAUUUCUCGCCACCUGUCUCGUCGAUAUUGAUUCGAUCGACCAAUCCACCGCGAAUAUGGGGAUCAAGCGCCGCCAAGCUCACUGUCGGAGCCAAUCUUCUCAACAAGACAGUCCGAGAAAAGUUCUUCAGAGCCUCAUCUCUCGAACUUAGUGCGACGGUGCGGCGGUCUCGCCGGUUCUUGACGUGACAUCCCAAGUUCAUGAGGUCUGUCCGAGCCUGCGAGUCAAGUCAGUGUGAGAUUCCGGGAAUGUCGUCUGAUUUCACUUCACGACAGGCAUUGACCGACAAGAAGUUGGCUUUCACUCCCAUGGGCGUCACGCCGAGUUGAUCUAUGAAGCCGUACGUUCUGCCCAGCUUCCGCAGAAGCUCGGCACGAGACAGUCCAGCUACUAAAGCAUGCGUUGGUUCCAGGAGCAGUGCUCUUGUCUCGGACCUUCCGAUCCGCGAGGGCCGCUCCUCCCCCCAAGAAAAGGUCAAAUUCUCUACGUACAUGAUGACUUUCUCGUGUCCAGUCACGUCGUCAUAGAAGCGCGCGGCAUCCUGAGCUUUGAGGAAUAUCAAGCGGAUGGUGCGACGCCCAUCGUGCAUGUGAUCGUCGGCGACAUGGAACAGCGGUCCAGUCAACACCAAGUCGAGGACUUCGGAGACGAGGGCCUUCGCGUUCACGUCAUUGACGCAGACCGUGUACUUCGCAGAUUUCGCUACUGAGUAGUUUCGUACACAAGAGCGUGCCCACAGUGAGAAUGAAGACAAACGACGAGCUAGCAUGAAAAAGGCAUGCCCGUUGUGAGGGCGAAG